UCGUGGCAGCACAGCCAAAUCGGCCACCGAAGCCAGUAUUCCGUCGAGCGUCUCCUGGCUUUCCAAGACUAUCACCAGCGCACCUCCAUCACUAGAGUUUUAGCAGUUUGCAUCGUCACGCCGAUUCCUGCCAUGGUGGCGGCCCUCCUGAUCGAUUGCAUCCCGUUUAGACCUCCUUCGGACGGCUGGAGAGCAAACUACACGGUGUGGAUCCGCUUGUUUCUCGACGCGUUUGCCGUCGCGAUGGGUCUGACCGCUCAAAUGAAGGAGGUCAUCGUGACGGGGAUUAUCUCGAAUACUGCAGCGUUCGCGAUAGCUUUUGGAACUGCGGCGUCCUAUGUCUCUUUAGCUAUGCUAGUAGCCGCUAUGUGGCGCUUCCCCAUUCCGUUUUUCGCUGUCAUCUCAGUGGUCCCCAUGGUCGUUUUUCUAUGUAGUUUCACUGUUCUAGCGGUUGGUCCGAGGAUGUUGGCGUCCUCUCCGGUUCUACGCAAGCAGAUAAAGUCUCAGCUCAAGAUCGUGGCGACUCAGGGCUUCGUGGCCGUGAUCUUUCCCACCGUUAGCGCCGUAUUCUACCGCCUCUCAGCGGUCCAACAGAUCGCGUUCGUCUUCAUAACCCCGUUCCUCAAAUUCGCCACCAAGCAAAUGAUCGCCAGUUCCGCUGAAGGCCUUCGAGAGUACGUGGGUCUGGUCGUCGUCUUCUCC